CCUACGUCGCUCAUUGAACUUGAUUCUCGGCUGUGCGCGCGUGCGUGCGUCUAGCUAGCUUAGUGAAAAUAUCCCGUCUACUCGUUUCCGCUGCUCUCCGUGGGAUCGGAUAGACGAGCACACCGCAAUCGUGUGGCCGUUCGUCCUACCAAUCCGUUUUCGUCCGACCGGACGCAAGGUGAGACGCCGACAAGGCCUCCCCGCAGCGAAGCGACGGUGGGUGUAGUCUCCCAGCGCGGCGGUGCAUUGCUUCUCUCUCGCCACAUGACGAGCCGGACUAGCCGCUGCCAAGAUGGCCGCUGACCGGCGACAGGCACCGCUUCGCUCCGCUCCGUAGUGUUGCAAGCCGCCCUGUGCGCGUGUCUUUCCGCGCUUGAUCGGGCGCCCCGAGAGGAGAGAUAAGGCAGCCAUGGGUAUUCAAGCCUUACAGAAGUUCAUCGAGGCCAACUGCCCGGGCGCCUGCGUUCCUGUGGACCUGCUGAAAAUCGCGCGAAACGCCGCGGUCCGACGCCCCGGGGGUCGCGCGAACUCGCGUCUACCCGCCGCGGGCAACCGACUGUGCCUAGUAGUCGAUGGCGAGUGCUGCCUGGACCGUCUCUACGGAGGCUACUUCUCGGACUGGGUAUGCGGAGGCCAAUGGAAUCGCAUGGUGCAGUUCCUGUCCGUUCUCAUCCAAACAAUACAGAACAACAACAUCGAGCUCGCCGUCUUCUUCAACGGGAGCCUGGAACCGCAGCGGCUCGAAGAGUGGCACCGGCAACAGCAGGCCGAGCGACGAAAGGUGGGACAGGUUCUCAAGCAUGUGGCGACCAAGGCCACCCCGCCGCCCAAGGUGUGGUGGAUAGCUCCCGUCUGCCUGAGGACCUGCUUGCGAAUGGCGCUUCGGCACCUGAAUGUCACCGUCAUGUGCAGCAUGGACGACCACCGGCAAGAGGUGAUCGCCUUCUGCCGCGAAAACGGCUUCCACGGACUGAUGGCCGAGGAUGCCGAGUACGCCAUCUUCGACCCGCCGAGAUACUUCUCAUCGGCGCAGCUCAAGCUCACGUACAAGGGCUCAUUGGAGACGCGGGAGUUCAUCCUAGAUGAAGUGGCUCGAAGCCUCAACCUUCACCCGAACCGUUUCUGCGUGCUGGCAGCACUGCUCGGAAACUACCUGCUCUCGGAGGAGGACCUUGUGCCCUUCCAUCGUUCUCUCUGUCCCGAUGCCAAGGGCAAGGCAAUUCCUCCGGAGACCCUUAUCCCCGCGGUGGUCGAGUUUGUGCGAGGCCUGCCCUCGACGGAAGACCUGGACGCCCUGGGAGCGCGAGUGUUCCCCGGCGCACCCCGAGACAAGGUGCAGCGGCUCAAGAACUGUGUGCACUACUACCUGAACGGUACCAGAGACGGGUUCUUGCGCUACCGGCCCUCGAGCCAGGGGCGCCGGCACGAGUCCGGCUGCUACCCAUCCACAUCUGGCUCUUCAUCGGGGCUGCCACCAAUCUCUGAGCAGCCAGUGGUCAAUGGGAAAGCUGAUGCUUCCUCGCCCGUCCUUGACUUAUCACCUGGAGAAGACGGCCUGCAGAGAUCAGAUCCAGCCAAAUUUGCAUCCGAGACGGCAGAGAGAGAGCUGUCAAGUUUGACGGCAUACCGCCAGGCUACGGGCGGCGGUUAUCCGACGGCUAGUCACAAUGGAAGUAUCGUGAACGGUGCCUACAAGCCAGGCGAACCACUGGAUUUGCGCGUAAGCCACGCCGAGGACGACAGCGUCGCGGCAGAUGCAAACGAUGUCUCACAGCCAAACGGCACAGCACACGUGAAUGGUGGGCCCCUGGGACCAAGCUCGUCGAGCAGCAACAGCUCCAGCCCCGGCCGCCAGAGCCCCAAAUCUUGGCAAGGGCGAAAGGGCCAGAAGGGCAGUGCCGGUGCAGCUAGCGCUGGUGGCGAGCCAACGAGUGCCGGCAGCAGCGGUGGAGCUGAGGCUCGAAUUCCUGGUGGUUCGUUCAUCAUGCCCGAGACCCCCAAGCUGCCCAAGGUUCCUCCGGAGGUGAUGCGGACAGCGAGCGAGCGGCACCAGAAGGGUCUCAUGUCCCCCUGGAUCUACCAGCUGCUGUCGCAGGGUGCCAUCAAGAUUCCAGUGGCUAUUGAAGAUGAGGCUCCCCGCGACAUCCCCUGGGGAGUGACCCUGUUCCGGCCCAUCCGGCAAAUGGUCUAUGCCGUGCUGUUCAACAUGCACCACCAUGCAUUUGUUGCCCGGCAAAAGAGAGAGGCGGCUGCCGCGUCCGCAGGUGGGGACGCCGCCAAGAUCAACAAGGAAGGCGCCAACAAGGAGGAUGAGUCCAAAGGUCCGGCCCCCGUGGUGGUCGUGGAGUGGCUGGGCCGCUCCGGUGGUGGCAGCGGCAAGGGGGCCAACCGGCGUCCCUACGAGCUGGUGGAAGGGGUGCAGCUUGGUUGGCCCGUGCCCACCGUGCAGCGCCUCUGGCUGGGACCCUCCCUGGACGACAAAAAGUGCCGUCUGCGUGCUUUCCUCAGCUGCCUGCGCAGUGAUGUGCCGCUCAUGCUCAACACGGCCUACGUGCCCCAGCACCUGCUCAUCCCCUGCGCAGUGCUCAGAUUCCUCAUGUCUCAGGGUGGCCCCGGUGGCGCACCUGUGCUACGACGCCAGGAGCUCGAUGCAUUCCUGGCACAGGCAGUGUCGCCCCAGCUGAUGGAUGCCCAGAGCACCCAGGGAAUGCAGCUACCCCUGGUGGCUGUCCGUGGCAUUCAGCUCGCCUCUCUCUUCCUGCAGGGCGUGGAGCACGCGUUGUUUGCAAACGAUGCAUGUGGUGCCCCAGUGCCGUGGCUGAUGUGCUGCCCGUGGCUGUACUUUGAUGGCAAGCUGUUCCAUCAGAAGCUGCUGAGGGCUGCCCAGGCCAAGAGUCUUGUCGAGGUUUGCGGUGGACAGAUCGACCAAGUGGCCAAGGUUGAGCGCAUGCGGGCCGCCAUCCUCGAGGGACUCCAGGUGGAAUUCGCGCGGGCACCCCUUCCCACGAUGGGCGGCAUGCCACGCUUCAUGCCGGGCUACCCACCACACGGGGGUCCGCGAAUGGGCGGACCGAUGGGCAUGGGCCCACCCCCGAGGGGACCCGCGGCCGGCCGGGGAAUGCCUCCACAGGGUGCCCCCCGUCGCGGUGCCUUGCUUGCCCGUGGGGGCCAGCUGGAGAUUGCUGGCGUGGUCGUUGGCUCCUGGGGGGCCAACUAUGGACAGGGGCCAAGGGGCGCCCCUGCAGGAGCGCAACGAGGAGGGGCCCGAGGCCCACCCCUGCCACCGCAAGUCACAUCGGUUGGUGGACGGUACGGAAUGGGCCGCGGCAUGAUGCCUCGUCGCCCCAUGGCGUUCAACAGGCGACCUGGAGCACCUUUCAACCAGCUAAACCGACGUGCAAACAAGAAGAAGGCAUCCAAGACGGUGGGGACCAAGGACGAACCUACGCCAAAACUGGUGGGCAAGGGCCGUGGAUGCACGAUUGAGACUGGGGACAAUUGCACCAUUGAGGUGAGUCAACUGGCGGCCAAGGACUUGGGCGCAAGUGUCGCUGGCUCGGACGAAAACGACUGCCCGGCCGUGCCCACUUUGCGUAUUGCUGGCGCCACUGUCACUGAAAGCGACACCGACGGGCCGCUUAGCUCCAACGGAGACGCAGCGGCCUCGGAACAGUUCGCCUCCGUCUAGCCCGUCAUCAAGAACCUAGCAGCUGCCACACACACCGGAAGUCGCUAGUGUGUCGACCGACCUGUGUCGACGGCCAGUGCCGACAGUCUUCUGUUCGUUUCCUUGAUCACUGCUUUUAUGGUCCCACUGCGCUUCUCUUUUUCUGUUACCAGGUUAUGCUCUAUUUGGUGAUUUCGUUCUUAUUUUGUUGCUAGAUUCGCGCGAAAGAGGUGCUUUUUGGGACUCAAACUACUGGUAGACUGCAGAUGAAAAUGUAGUUGACAACACUUGCAGCACCGUUGGCGACACUUGACGACACACUCUGCAAAUUUAUUGCAAGCAAGCAGUGGCUGUAAACGAGAGUUAUCUACAUCUGGGUACAUUUGCAGUUGACAUGGUGGAGACGACUUGGAGGUCUUGUCAUUAAUAAAGCCGACCCUGUUGUCACGACCCCAACCAAAAAAAAAAAAAAGCAGCAAACUUGCAGUCUCCCACUAGCUAUCAACUGGUUGUUGCAAGCAUUCAGUCUCAACAGUGUCACGAAUGGUUCAUGAGAAGCAAUUUCGCAUGUAAUGUUUGCAACGAGUAUUCUUAGUCUUGACUUCAGCACAUCAUUAAGUCCUCUCGACAGCCAGAAAAUUAAUAAUUUUACGAUGCUUAGGCCUAAUUUGGUAGGACUUUUUUUUAAUUACUUCCGGUCUACCUUGACUUGCUGAGAUAUAUACCACUUUCUCUGCUUAGGAUGACUUAACAACUUUCACUUGCAGUUGACUGUCGCAUGUAAUGUUUGCAACGAGUACUCUUAGUCUUGAAUUCAGUACAUCAUCAAGUCCUCUUGACAGCACCUAGGCCUUGUUGUAGCCAGAAAAUUAAGAACUUUAUGAUAGUGGGGCCUAAUUUGGUAGGACUUUUUUUUAAUUACUUCCGGUCUACCUAGACUUGCUGAGAUGUAUACCCCUUUCUUUGCUUAGGAGCUUAGGAUGAUUUAACAACUCUCACUUGCAGUUGACUGUCGGCACUGGAACGCACGAGAGGUCGGUCAGCAGUAGAGAUCUACAUUGUGGUGCGGCAUCAAUGACUUUUCUACUUUUGCCUCCUCAUCAGUCCCUCUUUUUGUCUGCGAAAAAGUCUCCCCAAUUGUUGUUACAGCACGUGUGAACUGGACGCAUCUCGGCUGUGCCGAGUGGUGUGGGCCACACCGUACCUGAACACGCGGCAUCACCGAGGACUUGUUGGGGACGAACUCGUGCGUGCAUGUGUGUGUGUGUGUCUGUGAACUGGUGAAACAAUUUUUUCAUCGAUGAGUGCUCGACCAUUGCAUUUUUUUCCCCAUGUUUUUUUUUUUUUAAUGAACUUAUCGUGGACUUGAAAGAUCUAGUGAUGACUCAUUAGCAUCAAAGGACAUCUUCUGAAAAACGACUAUUUGCACCGUGUCACUCUCGGGCGGAGACGUGGCACUUUUCUGCACGCCACGUCGUCUGCUCUGGUUGCUGUGUGCCAACUGCAUCGAAUUGAGUCUACGCUGUAUUGAGCUGUGCCCAAAAGGAGGCUGCGACCGCCGGGCCACAGUCCGUACCCAUUGCUCUAUGAGCUGUGGCUUUUGAAAGCCAGUCGCAUAGAUUGAAAUUGUUGGUUGCACAAUGAUGUCCUGGUGUCUGAAGCACUGUCUGAUGGGCAGCCUUGGUAACACUUCUUUACUUCUGUCUUGCAUACAGGCGCAAAAAAAAAAGUAUCUUUACAAAUCUAAUUAUCUGAAAAACGAAGCUCAUAGGCGAAAAAUGCUAAUGCAGUUAGGCGUUCUGAGGACUGUGCGUGAAUAACCACAGCGUUUACAGCAUAGGAGACACAAUUCUAGGCACCAGACGCGGGCAGACGUCAGCGUACGGUGUGCAUGUACAGUGUUUUACACUUUUUUUUUCUGUUAGGUUUUUGCGAGGUGUAUAUUUAUCGGAGAGCAGUGUUGGUGAGAACUGGGAACAAGAUGGCCACUGACUGAUCGUGAAUUACUCCUUGUCUGAACGAGAAGGAGAGUGAGAGAUUUGUAAGAGUGAUGAGGGCUGGUAUUUCGAUGGCCACGAGAGUUUCACAAUGACAAAAGCGGCUCGUAUCUUGUAUUUAUUGUCUUUUUUUUAACAGUAGAUAACGGUUCAUCUUGUGCCACCUUAUUCGAGUGGCCUUGGGGCAGCGGUUACUGCUGCUGCUGUUCCCUGCCGUUUGGUUUCACGACAAAACCAGCAAAACUGUAGGAACAGGGGAAAAAAGGGAAAUGCUUUUUAAUAGAAAAAAAAGCAAAAGCGUAAAGAAUCCUUAGAGGCACGAUCAUGCGAUCAAUGCCCUGCUAAUCAUCCUUGCAACGUUCGCCCAGGUUAGGGUUCGUCCGUUGUUCGGAGGGUGGAAACCGUACAACUACCUUAGUGAAACGUGAAAAAAAUUUUGUCCAGAACCCUCUUUUGAGGAGUUCUGGUUGCAGCGGUCUUGCGAGAUGCACUCGCAGGGCGACGACCCUAAGAUUACUUUCCUUUGGGCUGUGACAACAAAGGCUUGUGCAGGGUGGGAAAGAUUUUUCUGUCUGGCAAAAAAAAAAAAAGCCAGGCAGACCCAGCGUUCAUUCACUUGUCGCCCUUCUCGACUCUCUUUUGAAUGCUAGCCUCCCACCCAUGAAAAGGCAGCCUAAGCAUUGCCGAUUGUUUCCAUGUUGAAAGGGAGUUAGGUAAUGCGCCGUCAGCUAUGGCCUUAUUGCAAUGAUAACCACCGCAUUGGCUUUCUGUUGCACGCGUCGGCAAAGCCAUUGUACCUCAAUGAUCAAAUACACGAACGCUUACUCACUUUUAGAAAAGAGAAGAAAAACUGAAGCAAAGAAAGGAAGUUACACCAGAAAAGCGCCACGUUGGCACUGAACUUGCUGCUUUGAGACACUGCGCUUGCAGAACUUUUGACAAGAACACUUUUUUUUUUACUGUGAAAAACCUAUUCAGAGGCACAAAGGACGUUUCUUCGUCCUCAACCCCUCCCAUUCCUCUUCCAGUUAUAUUUUAUUCAAUGUUUUUAAGGCAAGACAAAAGUGUCACAACCUUUCAAACUAAGCGUCCUGCUUCUACUACUCGACACUGUAGACAAAGUACUCCGUACAUAACUUACUUCAAGAACAAGGGAGCUCGCCAUUGAGUUCGCGCCGUGAAAUGAACCAAAGGAAACGUGUCUUGCAACAUUUUUUUCAAGACUAAAGCUGUCGCGCGUGCAACUUCUUUAAAAGAGGCAGCCCGUGGCCCCGAGCGGUAUCGGCUGCACCCGAUAGCCGAGGACACAUAGACGACAUAACAAAAGACGUAACUGUAACGUGACAAAACGUGGCGUCCUGGGCAGGACUGCCGUUCCCGCGCACUGCGACGACCAGACUUCAUGCUUUACGCGGGUGGGUAAUGGGGGAGGGGUCUCCGGGUGCCUGCUGCCCCCCUGUUCUUCAAAAUGCUCGAUGAGAGCCUUCUUUUUUCGUGGCAUCAAGCAGCGAAGCGAAGACCGAGCCGGCGCGACCACAGCAAUGGUUCUCUCUCUCCCCGACUGCAUGCACCCGCCCCCUUUCACCACACUCCGCAGCAUAAGUUGCAUGAGCGAUCUAACUUUUUUUUUUCUUUUUGUAAACCCAUCCGGUGGCGCCGGACAAGGGCAGUGUUAUUGUGGCAUCCCUUGCUUUUAGUUUUCUUCUGUAGCCUCCCCUCUUCUUGCUAUGAGUUCAGCUUUUCACUUGAAAAGUUAACGGCAGACGAUGUUUUGCGUCGCCUGCCACUGUAUUAGCUUUACUUCAACGCUAGACUGAAUGUAGGUGGGGAGCCAGGUAGCCACAGAGCUUUUGUGUAAAUGUGUCGGGCAGUCAUUCACUGCUUUGCUAUAGGACCAGAUCCCAUUCUUGUUCCUUUAUAGUUUCCGCUUUCAGCGCUCUUACAUUUAAUGGGUAGCAGCUGCCCUCUCCCUUUUUUCAUAUUAUUGUGCCCUGCGAGUUUUCACAAAUCGCGUUCAUAUUGUAGUGGCAACUGCUUCUUGGUCCUCGUAGCAAAAGCUUUCGUGAAUUUUUCUUUUUUUUUUUCCAUUUGCCGGAACUGCUUUGAUGCUCAUAAAUGUACUACUGUAUUGAGAUGAGUUUUUGGUGUUUGUCUGCGUAAACACUGGGCCUAGCACCCUUGAUAUUCAUGCUGGGACACGGCAUCAUUAGGCAGUCCACGUGUUUUGAAAUGUGUAUUAUUAUAAUAAUUAUUACUAUUAUUAUUACCUGUGCUAGUAAACUGCUGCUGGAGUGGACAAACACAGGAGAGAGAGAGCGAGAAGAAAAAAAAAAUAUUCGUGCUUUAGUAUUAACACCGAGCACCAAUGUCUGCCACUGCAUGCUGUGGGGAAAAAAAAAAGUUAUUACUAGUGGGUGCACUGUAUCGGUUCGUUAGACAAAUGUACGACUGCAGUAUUGCAUUCUUGAUUGUUUAAUCUGCUUUCUGACUUUUUGCCUUUCAUAGGCUGCAAUGACCCUAGCACUGAGUGAGUGGGUGCUGUAUUUUUUGUCUUAAUUCCUUGAGCGAACAGUGUAAAUCUUUGUGCUUUGUGAAGCUUGUCGGUGCAACGAGAUGGGAAAGCCUACUUUCUGCACAUCCAGGAACUUGGCACUGCAGGUUGGAUGGCACUCUGCUGCACAAGAAAUGGAGGAAACGCAGGGGCAUUCUUUUUCUAAACGGCUGCAGCUGCUAGCACUCGUGUAAACCUCGAAAUAAAAAUACUGUCAAGCCCACUGUUUCCCAUACGAUUAGCCCAGCAUUUGCAUUCGGGGAGGUUUACUGUUUUCGAUUUAGUUUGCAGAACAAGUUCUUGGGACUUGUAACAAUUGUGCAGGUGGGUGUGCAUGGCACAGUUUGGCAAGCCGUAGCGGGGCGUUACUUGCAUCUGCUAGCUGCUGCAUUAGCAACUUUAGCCUCUAAAUUGUAGGAGUGUAAUGAUAAAACGUGUCCCAAUUUAAUCGCAAGUUAGUUCCUUUCUUGCUCGGCAUUGUUUCCUCCAUCUUGUGUGCUUGCUUCGUUGCGAUGAAACUGACAGCGAGCCUCGCCAGUGACACCACAGGCUGGUGCUUCUAACGAGGGCUAAUUACAGGCUCGACGCAGGGUGUGCGGCUGUUUUGUCAGGCUGCUGUAUUGCACUAUACUUCAACGACUUUUUUAGACUUUCACCUGCCAGAAAGCUCUGAAUAAUCUCACUGACUACUUACAGUUGUCACAUCCUUAUCACAACAGGUUUGUCUUCUUGUCAGUUGCAGUUGGGUGAGACUGGCAGUAGCAACGACGACAGAUGUGCCUGUCUGGCCCGACAGACUUGCGCUAGUCGUAAAGUUUCAAGCACGGUAGGAGAACAAUUAUUGUGCAGCAUUUUUGGUCUGCUGCAUUCUGUGCAUGUAUUAGUCAGAUCUUACAUUUCAGCUGUUCAUGCCAGCAAAAACUGGGAAACUUUUUAUGCGUGUCUAACCUCCCAAUCCCAUUAUUCUUGUCUGGCACUUGAUCUUACUGGCACCUUUGUACAGGUCACACAUUGGUGCGUGCCAAGGUUUGCAUACGAAGGGCCCAGUUUGAAAAAGGACCUAUGCAUCCAGCAUUAGUUAAAACUGUGCAUACAUCUAGCACAAUUCCCCAUCAAGCUUUACAAUUGAGCAAACACGUUUUUUCAACACUUGUCAGGCCUGUACAUUAGCUCUCGGUAGUGCACCAGCCGACCGGCCACAGAGUGCCGCGCUGGGGCAAGGCGUUUCUGAAUUCUUCUGCAUAUAUAGCAUGUUCUUUCUUUUAGUUAUUGUUAUCUCCGAGUGCACCUUACUAACCUGUCUGCCACCCACCCCCUUUUAUUUUUUCUUUAGGCCAACGUGUUGUAGUAAGUGGGUUGUCUGUAUAAUUGUCAAGUUUUUUGGCACGAGCAUUUAUUAUGCCAUGGUAACCAGUUAUCUUGAUAAGCAGUGUAUCUUCUUAACAUUAAUCAGCGUCGCGGGGGAAAGGCCGCACAACGGCUGCGAAGAAAGAGGACCGGGAGGAGAGAGAGAGAGAGAAAAAAUACACGUGGGGUUUAACAAGUGUCGCCGCCGCGAACUAUAACUCCAGUUACUGUAUGCGAUUGCAUGUCUUGCGCGGGUUUCCCCGGAAGCCUACAUUACUGUCAAUUUGUAACCUCUUUCUUUUUUUGCAGCGCAUGGUCAUUUCAGAUAUUUGUUUUUACACUUUCUCCACUGUAAGAAUAAGCAGGAUGAUUCAGAGAACAGGCAACGGAAAACAAAAAGGCCUUUUCUGCAAGAGGGCUGGCUUAGGAGGCUCACCGGAGGCAUUGAUGAAAUCGCAUUGAUGUGGGGAUAAUCAGUGAUUGGGCUCGGGGACAAUGCGGGGAAAUCUAGGCGAACUGUCUAGGAAACGGCCUGAGUACUGGAUGGUGGAAUGAAUUGUGUGACAAAGGGCAGUGCUGAAAUUGCAGCGUGUACCGGGUUGAAAGUCGGUUAAACAGUCUGCGUUGGCGAGCACAGCAUGCGUUGGGAGUCUCAACUUCGCCGAAAACGAGAGAGCAAAAAAAAAAGACUGCAUCUGUGUGAGCUGGCGUCGCUGGGAUGCCCGGCGUGUCAGCAGCCGUGCGUUGUCAUGCUGGUCUCUGGAGAGGGAUGUAAUUCAUGUGUUGCCAGUUUUGUGAAUAAAACUGAUUUGUUUUCCUCAA